AUGAUAAUGGGAAUUAAAUAUGUGUUGAAAGCACUCGUGAGACGUAAGACCAUCGAUGCCAAAAAAGUGGACGAUAGCCAACUGAAACGAUGUUUGUCAUUCUUUGAUCUCACUUGCCUAGGUAUUGGUUCAACAUUAGGUCUGGGAGUAUAUGUGUUGGCCGGUGAGGUGGCCGGUAAAACAGCCGGACCAUCCGUAUGCAUAUCAUUUUUAGUCGCGGCUAUUGCGUCAGUCUUUGCUGGUUUAUGUUACGCCGAGUUUGGUUCUCGAGUGCCCAGAGCCGGGUCUGCCUACUUGUACUCAUAUAUAACUGUUGGCGAGUUUAUGGCAUUUGUUAUCGGCUGGAAUAUAAUACUCGAAAAUGUGAUAGGUACGGCAUCGGUAGCCCGGGGUUAUAGUGUAUACAUAGACGCCUUGUGUGACAACAAGAUAUCAGACUAUUUUACAUCAGUAGUGCCCAUGAAUAUGAAAGGGUUGGCCGCAUUUCCCGAUCCAAUAGCUUUUGGACUUACACUCGGUCUUACAGUACUGUUGGCACUGGGAGUGAAAGAGUCGAUACGCUUGCACACAGUGAUGACAGUAUGCAAUCUAGUAGUGCUGGUGUUUGUGAUAGUAGCAGGGUUGUUUAAAGCGGACAUACAUAAUUGGAAAAUUGACAAGAGCGAAAUACCCGCCGAAUACAAUUGGGGUGGUAAUGGUGGAUUUUUUCCUAAUGGGUUUUCCGGUAUGAUGGCAGGCGCCGCGGCGUGUUUUUACGCAUUUGUUGGUUUUGAUGCAAUCGCCACAACAGGAGAGGAGGCGAAAAACCCGAAACGAAACAUACCGUUAAGCAUAUGCUUCUCACUAAUGGUCAUAUUCAUGGCUUACUUCGGCAUCAGUGCCGUACAGACUCUUAUGUAUCCCUAUUAUUUGCAACACAAGGAGCUGACCAACGGUGCGGCCCUACCCUAUGUUUUUGACAAAGUUGGCUGGCAUUGGGCGAAGUGGGUCGUGUCCAUCGGUGCCCUCAAUGGUCUGUCCACAGCACUGUUGGGCGCUAUGUAUCCCUUACCCCGAGUGCUGUACUCUAUGGGCAGCGAUGGUGUGAUCUUCCGGUUUAUGGCUAUCGUUCACCCGAGGUUUAAGACACCCAUUUAUGCCACACUAUUGUCCGGUAUAUUAGCCUCUGUUAUGGCGGCUAUUUUUGAUCUGGAUCAGUUGACCGACAUGAUGUCAAUUGGCACUUUAUUAGCGUACACUUUGGUCGCUGAAUCUAUUGUUAUUAUCAGAUACUCAGAUGACGUAAAAGAGAUUAAUGAAGUAAGGGAUGAGUCGAGCGACUCAAGCGAUGAUAAUCUCUCGACAGAUAGCAAAACAUAUAAAGCAAACCUCGCAUACAAUACCACUCUAGUAUUUCUACAAGAUGAUAUAUUUGGUGGAAAAGUAGCCCCAAUUAUUACCGCGAGCAUAACAUUAGCCCUGAUAUGCGUUACCGUAUUUUGUCUUAUGAGACAACCAAUGAUACAAAAGUCCCGAUCUUUUGAGGUUCCCGGCGUACCAGUGAUUCCACUGUUAAGCGUAUUCAUAAACGUAUAUCUCAUGUUUAACCUAUCGUAUGAUACUUGGAUCAGGUUUUUGGUCUGGAUGAUUUUAGGUUUAUUAAUGUAUGGAUUGUAUGGCAUUCGCAACAGUAGUGAACGAGUUAACCGAAAGCUCAGUGAUGACCGGGUGGUUGUUGUAGGCAAAACUUACUAG